UGCGGAGUCCCCGACGAUGACGUCGCGUCGAGGAUCGCCGAGUUCGUGAAAAAACGUUGUUCCAAGCCUGGAACGCUCGGCCCACUCGUGCUUCCCCGGAAACGACGACGACGGAGAAAAGUGGGAGGAAGCUCGUCCGCACACGUUUCCCAUGCAGAUCGACAGCGGGAUGUUGACGCGGAUGAAUCCGGACACCAGCCUGUGCCGCGUCUGUCUGACCGUCGACCACAACAACCAGUGUAUCUUCCGCAGGAACUGGGACGGUCCCGACGACUCCUCCUCUGGGCUGUCCGAGAAGCUGCAGUUAUGCUGCGGCGUGGAGGUCCUGGAAGACGACGGCCUGCCCGCUAACAUCUGCCUCGAGUGCGUGAUAAAAGUCAACAUCGCCUACGAAUUGAGGAAACAAUGUCAGAAAGCGGACGUUGAACUCAGGAAGCUGUACGGGAAAGCCUCGAGGACAGACGUCACCGGCAACUGCAUUCCUACAAAAGAUCAAUGUUGUCAAACCGAGCAAUUUCUUAUCUUGGGUGCAAUCAAUUCAGAGGAUAAUACAGAGCUAAGUGUGGACAGUGAAGUUAACAUAGAGAAGAAUACCUUGCAAUCAAACGUCAUGAGACAAGGACAAAUACCGGACGCUUUCGAACAAAUCAAGCAGGAUGUUCUAGUAGACAGCGAAAUGGAUUUGGACUGCGGCAGUAGAUAUAAACAGGUAGAACAUGACAAAAUAGCUAAAAAGGAUCUUUAUAGAACGAGGAGAUUAGCUAUGUUUAAAAGGGUCACGUCUAUAGAAAAUUUGAAGAAUUACAAGGAGAGACAGAGACGAUAUAUCAAGAAGAGCGUGAACGUCAAACGCGAGAGCAGCGACGGCGAGUGUCAGACGAAGGCGAGAAACGUCCACGGCAGGAUGGAGAGAACGUCCGAGCUCGAAUUACAAUAUAAAUGUCAGAAAUGUGAUAGAUUUUAUUCCAGUAAGAAGUCUUUAGACAGACACACGUCGACCCAUAACGAUAAAGAGUUCAAAUGCGAUAGCUGUGAUAAGCAAUUCUUCUGUCUGGAUAAAUUACGUAAGCACGUUAAUCUGCACAGAACGAAGGAGAAGCCGAAGCCGGUGUUGUGCAAGAUCUGCAACAAGAGUUUCAGGAAGAUCGACACCAUGGUCAGGCACCUGAAUACUCACAAGAAGGCCUAUCCCAAGGAUGUUUUUUCCAUCCUGAAAGAGAUACGGGACAAGAGAAAGUUGGAAAAUAAUCCAGAGUCCUUUGAGAUGCCACUUACGAUGAACGAGGACGAAGAAACGCAGGCGCACGACGGUCAGUUACACAGUGAGAACGACGGCACGACGAGGGAGCUGAGAAAACGUAACAAUGCAAGGGUGGAACAAAGAGACUCGGAUAUGAUGAAUAGCGACUCCAGCGAUGAUAAAACCGAGACGACGUACGACGACGCGUCGCUCUUCCGCUGCAAACACUGCAGCAAGAGUUAUCGUACCGAGAGGUCGCUCCAACGUCAUCUGCUGGUGCACGACGAAAAGAAGUACGUCUGCAACGUCUGCAACAUGAAGUUCUUCCGGCAGGACAGGCUCAAGAGCCACAUGGAUCGGUACGGUCACGACGAAACCAAGGCGUGCCCGGAGCCGCAAAAGCCGCCGGACGACAAGUCGGCCAUCAAGCUGAUAAACACCUGGAUAAGAGAGGAGCUGGAUUCCGAUAAUGAGGGCAAGGGCUUCCCGUGCGGGGUCUGCGGAAAGUCGUACGACACGAAGAAGUCCCUGAUGAAGCAUCAGAUGAACACGCACGGCGGACAGGACGAGGGCUGCGCGAGCUGCGGUACCGUGUGCAAUUGCGCGUACAAGGAUCAGGAGAAGAGCAACGAGAAGUCGAAGCCGUACACCUGCGAGGAGUGUAACAAGUCGUUCGAGAAGGAGAUCAAGCUGCACCGGCAUCUGCGAAUUCACGAGCGCGCCAAGGAGCAGCAGGACGCCAACUUCAAGCGUUUCCUCUGCCACAUAUGCAGCAAGACGUUCCGCCAGAACACCGGCCUCAUGUUCCACAUGAGGACGCACACGGGCUACAAGCCGCACGUGUGCAAGUACUGCGGCCGCGGCUUCACUUCCAACUCGAACUGCAUCAAUCACGAGAGGACCCACACGGGCGACCGGCCGUUCGUUUGCCAUUACUGUAGCGCCGCGUUCGCGAAAUCGUGCACCCUCAAGGCCCACAUCACCACGCACACCGGCGAGGCGAACUAUCACUGCAAGACCUGCGGCAAGUCGUUCCGUCGACUCAAGUACUUGAAGGAGCACCGAUUCACGCACACGGGCGAGAAGCCGUACGCGUGCAAGAUCUGCGGCACCGCGUACAGCCAUUCCGGCAGUCUCUUCGUUCACGAGAAGAAAUGCAAGGCCCAGUACAAUAAUUAUCAGCCGGGGCUCCCGCAAAACGCGCAACAGCAGGUUCCCUACGGUCAAUCUCCGCAGACCACCGGCGCGGGCAUUUCCAUGGCGUCUACCUCUUCGGUAGUCGCUCCUAUCAUCACUACGCUGCCUCAGGCUCACCUGAAUGUCAUCAACAGCACUCUGAAUGUACAGGCGAACAAGGGCUACAUGGACAAUGUUCAGCGAAUGAACGCACACGCGGCGGCUAACGCGACCACGGUCGUCUCCGCGUCGGGUCUGCACCCGAAUGUCGACAUCGCCGAGAUGAGUUCCGCCGUGAGGAACUUCUCUAUCAUCGGCCAGAUGUUUCACACUUAGGAACGCGUACGAGCGUGAACGUGAAUCAAGACUACUGUGAUAAAUACCUCCCCCCCUCUCCUUUUUUUAACGAUACUUGUCAAGAUAUAUUUUACACUUCGACUAUAGCAUAUAUUUUGCUUUCUCUUUCAAUAAUCAUCAAAAUAAGUAUGUUUUGUAUUGUACACAUCACACAAUAUGGGAAGAUGGGUAUGGAAUGUAUAUUUGUAACGUACGAUUAUUAGAAAUUUUUAUUAUACAGAAUUUUUAUAUACGGCAGAAUUCUUAUUGACCUGUAUAACUGUUAUAUGGAAAUAUUUGAUAACAUAAUAGUUACAUUCUAAUUCAUCGAAUUGUUAUUUCUGUAUAUACGAUCGGUGUAAUCAUCAUGCACGUGAUUCGCCCAUCGAAUCGAGCAAAGUUCAGUCACGAAUUCUUACGAUAAGUUUUGUUCUGCGUCGAAAACAAUUUUUGUAAAUUUCGUAACAGACAUAUUCAGCAAGUUUGAAGAUCUAAUUAUUCUAAUUCAUGUAUACAACAUGAUUAAAUAAAUGAAUUUUGCACUCA